AAAACCAUCAGAGGCAUACCCAAAACAAAUACUCACUCUCCCCUCACUCCUUCACUCCCCACAUUAACAAUGGCGAGCCUGAGGUCGGCAAUGGACUCGGCCUUCUGGGACCUCAACGUUUCUUCAACUCACACCCUUGAAGGCUCCGCCAAGGUCAUUCCCGGCGACCCUUUUCCUCUCGACGGCGCCAGAGCAAGCCGAGCCCUCAGAAUUCAGCAACUCUCUCUUUUGGGAAAUGGGUUCCCUCUUGGCAUCAUUCCUUCUUACUCUCCUGCUUCCCACAAGGACUUGGGCUCUUUUUCACUUCAGUCUCUCUUGCUCAGACCAUCCACUUCUAAUUGGUGGCUUGGCUUAAUUGGACAGAUCCGCCCAAAAAAACUGAUAUCUUCUAUCAAAGCUGAAUUUUUCACUAAUGAUGAGUUCGAGGUCCCUACAUUCAAAGAUGCAGCAAGGCAUUUCUUGGAAAAAUCCCUUUAUUCGGUUGGAUUGUGCACACAAUUUCUCUUGACUCCCGCAUCAUCCCUAAAGUUGAGCACAGAAGGGGAUGGUGAGAGAAAAGGACGCCGGAGCAAAGUGAUGCUUUUCCACAAGCUUCCUUAUCAUGACAUCACUCUUGAGGCUGCAUGGCCUGAGCUGUUCAUUGACCAUAAAGGACAAUAUUGGGAUGUACCGGAGUCAAUUUCCUUAGAUCUGUCAUCACUUGUUUCUGAAUCUGGAUUGCGGUACCGGGUUGGCCUACAUAAAAAUAGUGGCCAUCCCCAGGCAGUUAAUGCUACAGAUGAUGAGGCACCUACUUCUCUGAUGCCUGGAUUGUGUGCAAAGGCUGCCUUUUCUUAUGAGAAGAGGAGAGACCUUUGGAGACAGAAGGAGACACAGAAGGAUCUCAUGGUAAAGAAAGGCAAAAAUUGGUUUUGGCGUCCAUCAUAUGAUGUGCGACUCAAGGAACCUCAUGCCGCAGUAUCUGGAAUUUUUGGUGGCAACAUUGCAGCCUGGUUUCAGGAUGGGCACAACCCAGUGGCUGUUGAACUCAGGGGAGAUGGGAACACUUCCACAACUAUUAAGAAGAGGAGUCCUGUCACUGCUGAUUUCUUUGGUUCAGUUUGCUAUAGCUUUCAGCAUGGGAAAUUUCGAGAGCUCUAUGGGGAUUUGACCAGGAUUGAUGCCCGCUUGGAUAUUGGUUCAACCUCGGCUCUUGCUAAAAGGGUUGUCAAUUGCUUCAAGAAUUCCAUUACUGCUAUAGAUCCCAUAUCCUCCCCUAGGAUCAAUCUAAUCUUUCAACAACAGGUUGUGGGGCCAAUUGUCUUUCGAGUGGAUUCAAGGGUUUCACUGGCCUCUUUGCCUGAGAAACGUGGUCCACAUGUUGAGGAUUUCAUUUACAGCUUGAGCUACUCCUUGAGGCUUUUACAGUCAGGCAAGGUGGUUGCUUGGUAUUCCCCGAAAAGAAAAGAAGGAAUGAUUGAGUUGCGGGUGUUUGAGUUUUAACUCCUCAUUUUUGUCUCGGUAUGUAUCUUUGGAUUUUGAAGCCUAUUCUAAGAGGAAUUUAGACAGUAGA